AUGGCUCGACUCACCUCUACAAUAGAGAAGAAAGCAGACAAGCUGCUUGUUUACUUGGCUCGCAAAAUUGGAGAACACAAGCCGAAAAAUGUCGUAUUCUUCAUUGUCGAUAUUUUGUGUACAUACUACCCACGUCAUAUCCCUGGGUUGUCGAAAAUAUGGCUAAUGGACAAAAACUUAGAAGAGCAAAAACAACACGUCCGUGAGCUAUUCAAAAGGAACAAUUCGACCUCCGGCAUUGCACAACACUUCAUAAACGCCGGUUUCGACAGUGUAGGUUCACUAUUUUCUUACAAAUCACCAUCACAGUUGGAUUCUCUAACGUAUUUGACAACGGACGUCUUGGACGAGAUUCAAGCAUACAACAACACAACAUGGCUUCCAGGUCACAAAGUGCGAGUAUAUCAGAUUUUCCAGGACAUCAAUAAGAUAGUCAAGGCUUACAAGGAUGAGGUUAAGGCGAAUCGUAUGGCCUGGCAGCACAGCGACAGUGGCAUAUACGCACAGCUAGAUGGUACAUUCGUCACACCGAAAAGGAGCGGAGCCGUUUGGAUCGAUAGCAACAACAACAUAUAUCACCCAUCUCCAGCGUACUAUUACCCUAAGGUACGGCCUGCUUCGUUGAUGAGUGAUGCUGUCGAUUCUGCCUCGACUGUGCACAAACCGGGCACCGUUAUUUUCCAAAACAGGCAGGGCGUGCCAAUAACAGAGCCCGCUUUGACAAGAGGUAACGUGAAUAUGUCUCAAAUCGCCAACAUAUCGGCGCGAAUCACCACCAACAAAGUGAUGGAUGCAAUCAUGGCCAGGUCGAAUGAGGAAGCCACGACACCGGAUUUGCAAGAGAGUGCUUGCUGCCGUAUUCCUACAACCACACACCUACGCAUCUUGGCAUCGUCAUCGGGUGUGCAGCACCUGCAUCCCUCAGCGCCCGGACCUACCGGAAGGAAAUCCACAUUAGCUGCAAAUUACCGUGCCCUAGCCUGGGAUGAUUUGUGCAGGGAAGCUAUCGAGUCCACUGCCAUGAGCGCAAUUACAAUGGACCGUCUGAGACGUCUGAAAGUAAUUUUGCGCGGAUAUGACCUUGUGGACUACACCUGGUGGGCUGGAGAGGUGAAAAAACGCAUUCCAGAGUCCGCACCGAUGCAUACGCAGCCUCAGACGGACGCAAGUUGUGUAACGUUCGACUCAUCUUGUCGUAAUGGAUUGUGUUUGAUAGAUGCAACAAAGUUCUUCUUUGCUAAAUUGAUGAACAGUGGCUACAAGAUAUCUGCACAGCCAACGAAGUUUGAGGUGCCCUCAUUCCGAUAUCCCCGGGACGUCAAGUUUACACCUGCAGACAGUGUCAAAUAUCUUGUAGUGUUACUGGCAGACAUGCACUACCCGUUCAAUUUUGACUUUGAAGGCCCCCUUAGCAUUGCGUCGCGCAAAGUUGAUGCUUCUGAGCACCCAAUUUGGGCAUCCUUAUGUAAGGAGAAGCUGGGAACUGUUCAACCGACAUUGGAGGAUUUCGUCACCAAGGUCUUUAUGCCUCAUUACAUACAUAUGAACGAGGAAUCUUGGUACGGGGCUUGGACCAACGUGGAGGUACUAGGAACUCGCUACAAGGUGGAACAAGAGUCCUUUAACCGCAACACGUGGGACAACUUUGAGAUUUGGGCCACCGAAACAGCGAAUCUGAACUGUGCCAUGUUAGUCACCAAAGAUGAUUACGCAGAAGGCACGAAUAACGUUAAAGUGACGGAUGCGCUUCUGGAAAGACUAGGGAUGUUGAUAAGGUUCCAGAUAGUGCUCGCCGGAGCCAGAAUCGCAAUUGUGUUAAACUACAUUCUCUCUCACAGGGAGAUUGCAUACAGCGAGAAAACUGGUUUGCCGAUAGUGAAAAACCCGAAUGACGCCUGGAAGGCUGAUGAUUACUAUUUCGUCAUAUUGUCGUCCUUAGUUAUCGGCAUAAUAUUGGUCGGUCUCUAUUUCAUCUCAAUAGGAAUGAUCUGCUUGUUCAAGGACAGUGUAACGAAGAGUGUCGACAACGCUCUCCGGGGAUGGAGGGAUCGCCGCAAAAGUAAAUACGCGCCACACCUCGACAUACACGAGGACUAG